AUGCGCGUUCAAUCUUUCCUCGUUGGAGGACUCCUCGGCCUUCUUCAGGUUGCCUCUUGUUCUCCAACGCCGAAGACUCUUCCGCAGCCUCCGAGCCCUGUUGAGAAGCGAACUGUUCCCACGUCGACCUUUUCCAACAAUGUCCUAUUCUCUCCACCCGCCAAUGCUGGCUGGACUGAUCCUAGAGUUCUUUACUCGCGUGUUAUAGAGCUCUCGGAUGGGUCUCUUAUCGCCACAUGGGAGAACUAUUCCCCCGAGCCUCCGCUGGUGUACUUUCCCAUUUAUAAGUCUCUCGAUGGCGGCGUGACCUGGGCCGAAGUAGGAAAGGUUGAGGAUCAGGUGAACAGCUGGGGCCUGCGCUACCAACCAUUCCUCUAUGAGCUCCCACAAGCUAUUGGAGAUUAUCGGGCUGGAACCAUUCUUCUCGCGGGAAACAGCAUCCCGACGGACCUCAGCCAAACCAAGAUUGAUGUGUAUGCCAGCACAGAUGGUGGCGAGAACUGGGAUUUUGUGAGCUCGAUUGCCAGUGGUGGCGAGGCACGGCCGAAUAAUGGACUCACCCCAGUCUGGGAGCCAUUUUUGAUGGUUUACAACAACCAGCUGGUCUGCUAUUACGCUGAUCAGCGUGAUGCCAACUAUGGCCAGAAGCUCUCCCAUCAGACAACUUCAGAUCUUCUGACCUGGUCUUCUGUUGUCGACGACGUCCAUGACAACAACAACUACGUAGCCCGCCCUGGCAUGCCAGUUCUGGCCUUGUUGCCCAACGGUAACUAUAUUUACGUCUACGAGGUCUGCGGCACAGAUGGUUGCCGGCUCCAUUACCGCCUCACCUCCAACCCACUCAACAUCCUCAGCGCUACGGCAUAUUCGUUGGUAUCGACAUCAGGAACGCGGCCUGUCAGCUCUCCUUCUGUGGUCUGGAGUUCUGUGGGCGGGGCUUCGGGUAGCAUUAUCGUCAGCUCUGGAAGUCAGUCGAACAUCUUCGUCAACAAGAAUCUGGGCGCAGCAGAUUCAUGGGUCGAGUACACCGUCCCUCAGCCAAAGGCCUAUUCUAGAAAUCUCAUGCUCUUUCGAGAGGAUGACAAUUUGUUGGCUAUUAUUGGUGGAGGACAUUUGCCUCCAAGCAGUGUCAAUCAAGUUAGUAUCAGUGUGGUUGACUUGACUGCGAUUGGAGUGUAA